AUGGAGCUUCACGAGGCGAUAAUGUUCUUCGACGUGACACUGCUCCUUGCAUCCAUCUCACCGCAGUUGGUGUGCAAGGCCCUGGGGUGCGUCCUGCAUGGAAGUAUGGCAAAUCACGGGCAUGUCUUUACUGAUCUUGUCAUCAUAUUUAAGUAGUCUUACAGGCCUAUGCCUCCCGUCAUUCCGGGUAAAUUGUACACAUAUAUCUGCAUUUAUGCUGCACCAGGUAAUGCAGUGACAUAUGUGUCGAUGGUUUACAAUUGACAACAUCUAACUACAUUUUCUUCUUUCUGAAUCAUUAUAGAAAUUGCAUGUUUAUGCUCAAUCGUAUUAUUGGACGCAGAGGACUGCUCGUCUGUGGCCGACUACUGCGUCCUUUCGUCGGCAGUUUCAGCAACGUCUCAUCUCCUCCCUCCUCUCCAAUUAACCUCAGGGAUCACAACAUCAAUCACAUGUUUGGUGCCUACGAGGAGGUUCUUUCCAUGCAGAUCCACUAUCUUCGUCAUGGCCGAGGAGCCAACAAUAUCCUCCUAUUUCCCGGUCCAUUCGGCUCCAUCAGGACUGAUUACAUGGACUUCCUACAGCGUCUUAACUGAACUGAGUACGUUCCCUGGGGCUGCUUGACACUGUGUGUUUUGACCAACUGGUGUAGAUAUAGACGGAGAUAGGUAUAGAAAGUCGCACUAUGAUACAUCAUAUAGAAGUGGCCCAGUAGCCGACGACUACACUAUGUACGCUGUUGGUUCACACUCAAGAUUGGGUAGACCAGUUUGGUAAGCGUGAAUAUUCGUAUACAACAGUCAUUGUGCUGUCUGCAAUGCAGGAUGUUGUGACGAAACUAGCAAAUCUGCCACUACACACACAGUUAUGAUCAUCAAUGGAGGAUGCUGAAGUGAGAUCACCUGUCACGAUUAUCCAUACAUGCUCUGGACAUGGGACACAAAUCUACUAAAUUUAUGCUCGAAGGAAGGGUAUAAUUCGGCUUUAAAAAAGUUCCUAAUUGUUGGACUUUCAAUAUCGUUCAAAACGGAAUUAUACCUUUCCCUCGAGCAUAAAAUUAGAAGAAGGCGUAAUUAUCUACCGAAUGAGCAGAAGAAUGAAUACUUUUGUGCAUGUUUUCCAUUAAAUAUAAUUGGACUAUUCGGGGCAUCGAAAGUCAAUGAGAAAAUGUUAUGCUAAGUAAGUAGUCAUUUUUUACAGAGCGCAGUUUUUGUAUGCAACCGGAUGGAAGUUCAUUCGAACGUCGGCAUCCUGAGGUGACUGAACUAUCAUGUUGCAGACUAACUAGUUUUACAAACCUACUUAAUUAAUCUUUUCGAAACGAAAACGCAUUUCGAAAUUCCCGUUGACAUUUCAUCAGUUAGUAGACCUACUGUAAUUCAUGCAUGCGUGUAGUCUGGAGAGAUUCUCUCGGACGUCACUUUUUAAAAUUUUGCGAACUCGCCCACCAGUUGUACGUCUGACGACGACGACGACGAUGACGACAACGACGACCUAGGGCAAUAACUUUUAAAAUAUCCGAAAAAAAGUUUGUUGUUUCCUCAAAUGACUUCUUCAGCUUGAACAUAUACACACACGCAAGGAAGGAAAAACGUCAAGGACUGGGAUGACUUCACGUGGCCCAUGAGAACAUCUUCGUUUACAGUAGGCCAGAUGAUCUGGAAACACAAUAACCCUUAUUGCGCGCACAUGUUCGAUACAGGUUCCCCAGCUCAUUGUCAGACUUAUGGGACACACACAAAAACUGUUCACCCUUUAACCCUGUUGAAGAUGUGAUUCUGCAGUUGGCUGAAGCUUGCGCCAUUGCACGUCAAUUGCAUUUCUUCAUGCCCUCGACAUUGGCUACACUGGCUUUCAUUUGUCCCUGAGGAACUUGUGAGUGGCAUCUAAACCGAGAUGCCGAUUGAUGCAGGGCACAGUUGAUUGAAUUACUUCCAGGAAUUCACAGCGCAUGCUUAUUGGUAGAUGGACGCCAAUUUUUUUGAUCUCACCGUGCAUAAAUUUAAAAUGCACUAAAGUCUGUCAACGGAAUGCAUUAUUAAGGCACUCCCUAAAAGGGUAACUUAGUGAUCGAAGCAUGUUAACUUUUGUUGUGAACGCUCAUUUUCAUGAACGACGAGGUUUCAUGGGAAAAACGCCUAAACACUCACUACUUCGGUAAAUGCCUUCAAUAAGUAUUUUAUUUCACAGGUUUCAGUAAACACAUAAUACACUGUCCGUCUUUAUAAUGCAAUCCAUCUAAAACACUAAAAAAUCUCAAGGUAUGCAGGGAUGACUCAAGGCUGACCUGAAAUUCAGCGUAAUCUAGAACAAACAAGACGUCCGAAUUACUUUUACGGAAGAAAAGUCCUGGCAACAUGGCAUCCCAGUUGGUGAAAUCAAGUGAAAUCCUCUUAAAGGAUAUUUAAAUGUGAAAUUAGCUAAAAGACCACUUUCAGACGUUAGUCUUCUUGUACUGCUUAAUUUACUCGUUUUCCGUAUGAACAGACAUUCCUUUCAUCUAGAACUGGAUUUUACACGAUUGCAACCAUCUUUGACUUUUUCGGAUUUUUCUGCAUUUCUUAAAAAAUCCAUAUUUCUAAGCAAUCUACCAUUAUCUAUGAUUAAUAUAGACAUAGGGUGCAUGCAUUGGUGUCGGUUAGCGAGUAAUUAGCAGUCUUUUGUAAAUUUCGACACUUUGCAUUAGCUAGGUCACAUAGUUUACACCAUUUCCCCGUAAAGCACCUUGUCUUCAUCAUACACCCACGCGCAUAUGUGUAGAGUAGUCGUACUGCCUGUGAUGAACAAUCACUCCACCUCUUGAAGGCGCAAAUUCGCUUUCGGUCGCGUAGCCGGCAAACCAAGCACUGUCAGAACGAAUCAGUAGCGCCACUGAAGGUCACUUGCGAAGGAGGAUGUGUUUGAAGUCGGCCUGAGCAACAUGCAUUCAUUUGGCCUUCGUGGUGAGCACGAGGGAGAGUUUUGAAUGUGGGAAUAGUAGCAGGUUAUACUAGGGGCUGGUCUGCCCGCUAUACUACUGCAAAUAUCCUACGCCAGGGAGUUAGUCUAUAGAUGGUCACUGCAGGACAACCCUUUUGUGCCGUGUGCCCAUUCGUGUAAACCAUGCACAGCAGAAACGCCUUCCGCAGCCUGCUCACAAAGCACUUUUGCCCGCCUUUCCCCCUCCGCCCACCCACUUUUGGUUUACCGCGAUAGCCUUCGAUCCGCCCGGCUGCGGUUUCAGCAUUCCCCCCGACCGCGAUUUGAGUGAUCCGCAGAUCCUGCUGCAGGAUGCCAGAGUUAGCGUGAACUUGAUGCGCCAGCUGGGUCAUCUGCCCUUCCCCUGCGUGGGCUGGUCAGAGGGCGCUCAGUCAGCCAUCCGGGCGGCAUCGGAAUUGAAUACUGACGGUUAGUUACAUUUUGAUUGGCCAAUUCUGCUGCUGGCACAUCUGCUUAUUUGUUGUUCUAGAAUGCACUUAUUGUGGACGCUGACAGUGACAGUAUGUCAAAUGGCCCGUUGCCUGGCGUCAUUAUUUCUUGACCUCUACUCCCUACACACUCACACACGCACACUACGCGCGGUGAAUGAAACGAAACUAGUUCCGAUUUCCCACAGACUACUAAGAAUACCUGAAAGGACACAUCAGGAAGCAGCCCUUUCAGCCUGACCUUCCGUUCUGGGAGGGACCGAGGUGUCCCGCCAAGCUACCAUUUUUUCACUUCAAUGGGUCACGGAAUGCCCCCCUAGACAAUUAAUUUCUCCCGAACAUGAAGGCGGGAUGAUGUGAAAUGCUGCGUGUGUGUGUGUGUGUGUGUGCCCUCAAAACGGGCCGCGUGUUAGAUGCGCUGGACCAACACGGGGGCCACAUCGGACUCUGGCAGGCGUUAUCUGUGCGCAAUAACAAAUGCCAACAUUUGCGGGGUGCGCUGGCGGACCCUGUUGUCGGCAUUCGUCGCACAACUGGACCACUGCCUCCACCCCAUUGUUUUGUGGUCAAAAUCCUGGCCAUUGAUGUGUGGACCAGGGGUGUGGAGUGGAGCGCCAAGGCGAAGAUCCGUCCGAGCCAUCCACCUGCGGCCUCCCCCGUCUCCGGUCUUCUUGACUCUGUCUUGACACCGGGCCCAGGCGGAGGAGGAGGAGGAGAGAGUGUAGGUAGAUGCUACGCAAGUCUACUGGCACUAUAAACCCCUGCGUAAGUCACCGUCCCUGCUCCCACCGCUGCUGCAGCUGUGGGGCACACGGUGGACAUCGUCGAAAUCGACGGUCGAACUGUCGUGUGUUGUGUAGUGGCGGACUGGUGGGCUGGGGACGGGCUGAAGCAGCACCUUCCACGGCCCUCUCACGCAUGUGAGAGUCACGCCGUUCAACCCCCGUUGUGUGAAAUCCUGGUAUAUGUGUUUGUAUGGGGGGCCUGGUCGUGCACGUGGCGCACCUGCUACCUGCUUAUUGUACGCAUACAUACGAAGGAAGCUUAAUUCAUGCAUUCAGACUCGAUUGAGGGCCUGGUGGUGUGGGACCUGGAGGGAGAUAUUGGCGCAGAGGACGGAUCGGGGAAUGGUGGUCAGAUUAUGGAUGGCAACCCCGAUUCGGUGGACUCCUUGCCAGACAGCCGUCGUCUUCCGCUGCAGGCUGUCUAUGGUAGAGCGUACAUGCGGGAUAGUUGGCCUGCCUACGUUGAGACAAAGGAGCUCCGACGUAUGGGUCCUGCCGAUCUCCGCUGCCUGCCACAGCGUCUCCUCCGGAUGCCCCUACUGCACAUUGCAUCUCGGCACUCCGAGGCACGGCGACACCAUGAUGCCAACAGUCAAUCAACUGAAUCGGCUCUCCUCGCCUGUUCGUGCUGCUGUUCAACCCUCUGGCCCGACAAGUCUGACGCGGAACGGAAGGCUGGCUGGCAGCAGCCACACAAGUUGCAUGCUGAUUUCUUUCAGUCCUCUGUCGAAAACUUUAUUCUCGAAUCUAUUCACUAG